ACGCUGACAGUCGCUCGCCGGCAGACUGGGGCAGGGCUGCUUGUAAGAUCGGAGAACAACUGAUCGUCCGCGCAUCUGUCCGAUAGUCCAAAUUUAUUCAAAUUAAUCCAUCGCAUCGGGCCUAAUGGAUCCCAAUCGAAUCAUACAGGCUCUGAAGGGCACCAUAGACCCGAAUCUCAGGCUAGCGGCUGAGAAUGAACUCAACCAGUCUUACAAGAUCAUCAACUUCGCCCCAACUCUGCUGCAGAUCAUUGUGUCGGACCAGGUGGAGUUUCCUGUGCGACAGGCAGCUGCCAUCUACCUGAAGAACAUGGUGAGUCAGUACUGGCAGGACCGAGAGCCCACUCUGGGGGAGGUGGUGUUUCCUUUCAACAUUCAUGAGAACGAUCGCGGACAGAUCCGAGAAAACAUGGUGGAGGCCGUUAUUCGCUGUCCAGAGUCCAUAAGGGCUCAGUUGACAGUAUGCUUGCGUGCCAUAAUAAAACACGACUUUCCUGGACGGUGGACAGGCGUAGUGGACAAAAUUAAUCUGUAUCUGCAGUCACAGAACAGUGGGAGCUGGUACGGGAGUCUGCUCGCUCUUUACCAACUCGUCAAAAACUAUGAGUUUAAGAAGGCUGAGGAGCGGGACCCCCUGUUGGCUGCAAUGCAGAUCUUCUUGCCACGGAUCCAGCAACUCAUCACUCAACUCCUGUCUGAUGCCACCUUCAUCUCAGUUCUGAUCCAGAAGCAAAUCCUAAAGAUUUUCCAUGCACUUGUACAGUAUUCCCUUCCACUACAGCUGAUCAAUAACACCAUCAUGACCCACUGGAUGGAGAUCCUGCGGACAGUUGUGGAUCGGGACGUCCCAGCAGAAACUCUGGAAGCUGACGAGGACGAUCGACCAGAACUGAUCUGGUGGAAAUGCAAGAAAUGGGCUCUGCACAUCAUCACGAGAAUGUUUGAGAGAUAUGGCAGUCCAGGAAAUGUAACAAAAGAAUAUGUUGAGUUUGCUGACUUUUUCUUGAAGACUUAUGCUGUAGGAAUCCAGCAGGUCUUGUUAAAAGUGAUCGACCAGCACAGGCAGAGGCAGUACGUGAGUCCUCGCGUCCUCCAGCAGGCUCUGAGCUACAUGACUCAGGGCGUCUCGCACUCGCUCACAUGGAAACAGAUGAAACCGCACGUGCAGCCUAUAACUCAGGAGGUGGUGUUUCCUCAUUGUGUGGUUCCUUGUGUGUGUUCUGCUGUAGAUAUGUAUGAUGAUCAUGUGUCCCCUGCCACGGCUGCUCAGACUCUGUUAUGUACUGCAGCCAGGAAGAGGAAGGAGGUCUUGCCACAUAUGAUGGAGUUUUGCCAUCAGAUCCUCAUGGAUCCUAACACUGACCCCCGCAGGAAGGAUGGGGCACUGCAUGUGAUCGGUGCCUUGGCUCAACCCUUGCUAAAGAAGCGGGUGUACAGGGACCAGAUGGAGCUCAUGUUACAAAACGAUGUGUUUCCUCUGCUCAACUCUAAUCUUGGCUACUUAAGGGCCCGGUCGUGCUGGGUGCUGCACUCGUUCAGUCCUCUGAAGUUCCAUAACGAGCUGGUCCUGAGGAACGCUGUGGAGCUGGUCAAACAGAACCUGGUGGAUGACAAGGAGAUGCCGGUCAAAGUGGAGGCAGCCAUUGCACUGCAGAUGCUGGUCAGGAACCAGGAACAAGCUAAGGUCUACAUGCGACCCUUCAUCAAGCCUGUGAUGCAGGAGCUGCUGCACAUCAUCAAAGAAACCGAGAACGAUGACCUUACCGGUGUCAUUCAGAAGAUGAUCUGUGAAUACAGCGAGGAAGUGGCCGUCAUGGCGGUGGAUAUGACACAGAACCUGGCGGAGAUCUGCAGCAAGAUUCUCCAGAGUGAAGAAUACGAGGAAAGUGAAGAUAAGACCGUGAUGGCUCUGGGUAUCCUCAGCACCAUAGACACCAUCCUCACAGUCAUGGGGGACCGAAAAGAGAUCAGUCAACAGCUGGAGGUAAUAUGCCUGCAGGUGAUUGGUCUCGUCCUCCAGAAACCCAUCAUAGGUAUGGCAGAGUUUUAUGAGGAGAUCUUGUCGCUGGCGUUUGGACUCACCUGUUAUUCCAUCUCCCCUCAGAUGUGGCAGCUGUUGGGGGUCCUGUACGACGUCUUCCAGCAUGACUGCUUUGACUACUUCACAGAUAUGAUGCCCCUCUUGCACAAUUAUGUUACCGUGGACACAAAUAUGCUGCUGUCAGACCCCAAAUACCUGGAGGUCAUUUACACCAUGUGCAAAAAGGUCCUAACUAGUGAUGCUGGGGAAGACCCAGAAUGCCAUGCUGCCAAACUUCUAGAGGUCAUUAUAUUACAGUGUCGUGGAAGCGGCAUUGACCAGUGUAUCCCUCUGUUUGUGGAGGCGGUGUUGGAGCGGUUAACACGAGGUGUGAAGUCCAGUGAGCUCCGCACCAUGUGUCUACAGGUAGUGAUCGCAGCUCUGUACUAUAACCCCACCCAACUGAUACACACACUGGAGAACAUCCGCUUCCCACACAGCCCGGAGCCAAUCACAGCGCAGUUCAUCAACCAAUGGAUGAAUGACACAGAGUUCUUCUUAGGACUACAUGAUCGUAAGAUGUGCAUCAUUGGGCUCAGUGUUCUGAUGGAGUUGCCCAGCCGCCCUGCGGUCCUGGAGGAAGUUGCAGGGCAGAUCGUUCCCUCCAUCCUCCUCCUCUUCCUGGGUUUAAAGCACAUCUACACCUCCCGAGUGCUUAACAAACCGGAGCAGCUCGCCAGAGCUCAAGGCUCAGAGGAGGAAGAGAAUGAGGAGAUUCCUAGCGACGAGGAUGAGGUCGGACAGAAAGUGGUGGCCCUGCAGUCGUCCGGCGCACCCACUGGGAAUGACAGUGAAGAUGAAGAUGAUGAGGACGAUGAUGAAUAUUGGGAUGAUGAAGGUCUGGAGGGGACCCCAUUAGAGGAGUACAGUACACCACUGGACUAUGACAAUGGAGAGGAUGAAUAUCAGUUCUUCACCGCCUCCCUGCUCCGUGUUCAGAGUUCAGAUGCAGGCUGGUAUCAGUCCCUCACAUCUCCUCUGAGCGAAGACCAGAGGAAACAACUGCAGGAGAUCUAUAACCUUGCCCAGCAGAGGAGGAGCGCAGGACUCAAAGGCCUGUGAAAUGUUCCAGUUGCUCUGAGGCAGGUUGGAGAUACCUGACACUUUGGAUUUGGAUCUGUACAGAGUUCUGUCACGGAAAACAGCCUGAACUCUGGAUACUAGAGACAUCUCGGUCAAGAUGGAUGGGAUAUUUAACCCAGGACCCAAAGCAAGCUCUUCAGGUCCAUGAUUCUUAACAGGAACACUGAAACAUCGUCAAAACUGCUCAGAAAGGCCCCAGUGAGGUCGAAGAGGUUACUCUGGGUCACCCCUUCCCUGAAGCUGUGUGUGUGUGUGUGUGUGUGUGUGUGUGUCUGUCUCUGCACAUCUGUACAGAAUUGUGGGUGUUUGCACAUGUGUGCAGAUGGGUGUGUGUAUGAGUAAUUGAAUGUUGUAUAUUCUGUUUCUCUCAGUCUCUCCUCCAUUUGCAAUGAGUCAGUGAGAAACUUGACCACGGCAGUGAGGUGAGACAUGUCAAGGCAAGUCAGAGAGAGACAGAUGGACACCGCUUCAGACUGACACACAGAUGGAGGGAUUUGUUGUGUUGGUCAGUGCCUUCAGAGAUUCGUAGGCAUUUUUCUGCCCGAACAGAUCAUGUGCACUGGCUAGAUGUCAGAAGGACGGUGUUUAUAGCUGUCAUAUGUUUAUAUGUUUCAGAGUUUGUUUUUGUAACAGUCAGUUUUCAGAAUUAACUUAAAUCAUAAAUGUUAAUAUAACACUAAGCAUUUGCAGGGUUGUUGUUUUUUGUAUGGUUAUGCAGUCGCUUGAUCAUCUAUUUGUGUAUAUUUUCCAGAUAAUUUAUUUAGCAUAUUUAGCCAGAUCAUA